GCGUUUGAUAAGCUGGACCUGGCACAACAAAUAGUGACGGGGGGGCGGGACUUAGAGACACAUUCACUUUCACUGCGCGCUGCGCUAAAGUUUUGUCGGACGGUCCCUUGGAGAGCUGGAGAGGCAGAGCGCAGCCGCUCAGUGCGGCUCAGUGCAACACCAUCGCUGCAUGGAUGACGGCGUACUGGACCGACGCAGGGAAACACUUCACCGCUUCGAGCGAGCCGUGCGCGAGCGCCUCGUCCCUUUGCAGCUGGAUGUAUGACACCUUCACGGAUACAUCCGCAGCCCGGUGACGUUACAGCCUCCAUCUUCGCUGCCACGAAGAGAUAACCGGCGUGUGGAGCUGACAGGCGACAGAGGAGCUGACGGUAAAUGAGAGGCCGUCACCAUGCCCUCGGGGAAGUAUGGGAUGCAGGAGGAAUGGGAGAAAGAGGGGGACCAGGAGAUAAUGAUGGACUUCCUGCUGCCUACUGGGAUCUUCCUCAAAUUCCCUGUAUCUCCAAACGACACCAUCAAAAGCAUUAAAAAAAUGGUUUGGAAGAAUGCCAGUAGUGAGGCCCUGUUCGGUGCACUGGGUGACCCCGACGCAUACGUCUUCACCUGCAUUAACCAGACAGCAGAGAGGGAGGAACUGGAAGAAGAAUCGAGGCGCAUAAACGACGUGCGGCCCUUCAUGUGCGUUUUGAGGCUGGUGGCGAGGGAGGGCGACCGAGUGGAGAAACUCACCAACACCCAGAUCAGCCUGUUAAUUGGAAAAGGUCUGCAUGAGUUCGAGGCCCAGAAGAACCACGAGGUGAAUGAGUUUCGGACAAAGAUGCGUAUGUUUUGUGAAGAGAAGGCUCAGGAGAGGCAGAUGUUGCCAUGGCAGCAGUGGAUGAAGUACAGCUUCCCGUGUGACCUGGAGCCAUGCUGCUCUCCACCAGAGUAUGGGAGUGUGAAGUCCAAAAACAACAAGAAGAUUUUCAUCAAUGUCAAGUUUGAGGCUUGUGAUGAAAGCUUCAUGCUGCAGCAGGACCCUCAAGACCUCCCAGUGGCCCUGAUGAGGAGCGCUCUGAAGAAGAAGGCCACAGUCUUUCGCUCAUUGCGACAGGAGCCCGAAGACUACACUUUGCAGGUCAACGGGAGGUGGGACUUCAUCUACGGGAAGCAUCCCAUGUGCCAGUUUAAAUACAUAUUCUCGUGUUUGAGAAAUGGACAAAACCCUUACCUCACCAUGGUGCACCACUCCACCAUCCACAAGUAUCAGGAGGAUCAGGGCAGUAUGUACAACCAGGUCUAUAAGAGUCGCUCCUUGUCCAGACCUCCUCCGCUGCCCCUGAAGAAGCAGAAUACCUCCUCACUGUGGUGCAUCAGUGAGCCUUUCUACAUUCACCUGCUGCAGGGCAGCCGAGUCAAUGCAGGCGAAGGAAUGAAGCUUGUUGUGCAGGCCGGUCUGUUCCAUGGUAGCGAACUCCUCUGUAAGGUGGUGACAACCUCGGAGGUGACAGUGUGCUCUGAGCCACUGUGGGAUCAAAAGCUGGAGUUCGACAUAAACGUGGCUGACCUACCACGCAUGAGCCGCCUGUGCUUCGCGCUCUAUGCAGUCCUUGAGAAAGCCAAGAAACCCCGUGGCACUAAAAAGAAGAAUAAGAAAGCGGACUGUCCGAUAGCCUGGGUGAACACCAUGGUGUUUGACUACAAGGACCAGCUGAAGACUGGGGAGUUCCUGUUGUCCACAUGGCCAUCUGUUCCUGACAAAAGCGACCUGUUGAACCCAAUGGGAACCGUGGAGAAGAACCCCAAUGUGGACAGUGCCGCCGGGCUUCUCAUUCGCUUCCCUAAUAUCCGGCCACAUCCUCUCUACUACCCACCACUGGACAAGAUAAGUGGCGGCAACAUGGAGAACAACGGUGAUACAACUAUUGCCACAAAAGAGGAGUACAUGAAACUAAAAGAAAUCAUGGACAACAAAAACUCCACUGAGUUUUUCGAGGACGAGAAAGAGCUCCUGUGGAAGCUCCGCACUGAAGUCCGUGACCAUUUUCAUGAAAGUCUGUCCAAGCUGCUCCUCAUCACCAAGUGGAAUCGUCAUGAGGACGUAGUUCAGUUGGUUAGUUUACUGAAGAACUGGCGGGACCUCCCAGGCAUCCACGCCUUGGAGCUCUUGGACUACAGUUUUCCCGACCCAGCAGUCCGUUCUUUCACAAUCAGAUGCCUCAGGAAGCUCAGUGACAAUGAACUGCUACAGUACUUAAUCCAGCUGGUCCAGGUCCUGAAGUACGAGUCCUACCUCGACUGCGACCUCACCACUUUCCUGCUUGAAAGGGCUUUGUCCAACUGGAGGAUAGGACACUUUCUGUUUUGGCAUCUCAGGUCAGAGAUUCACGUGGCAUCUGUGAGUUUGCGUUUUGGCCUGAUUCUGGAGGCCUACUGCAGGGGAAACAUCCACCACAUCAGACUUUUAACCAAACAGAAUGAGGCUCUGGGCAAAAUGAAGGCCCUGAGUGACUUUGUCAAGUCAGGCUCCCAGAAGAUGACGGCAGAUGACCUGAAGCUGUGUAUCAGACAGGAGUCUUACCUGGAGGCCCUGUCUGACCUGCUGUCACCACUGAACCCCAGCAUCAUCCUGGCUGAGAUCUGUGCAGACAAAUGCAGGUUCAUGGACUCCAAGAUGAAGCCGCUCUGGCUGAUGUAUAACCCCGGGGCUCAAGAAGACAUGGUGGGCAUCAUCUUCAAGAAGGGAGAUGAUCUUCGACAAGACAUGUUGACCCUCCAGAUGAUCCAGCUCAUGGAGAAUUUAUGGAAGAAAGAGGGCCUCGAUCUCAGGAUGAUCCCUUAUGGCUGCUUGUCCACUGGGAACAAGAUGGGGCUCAUUGAGGUCGUGAAGAACUCCGACACCAUCGCCAACAUCCAGCGUAACAGCAGUAACAGCGCCGCCACUGCUGCCUUCAACAAGGAUGCCCUGCUCAACUGGCUCAAAUCUAAGAAUCCCGAGGACAAACUGGAUCCAGCAAUAGAAGAGUUCACACUGUCCUGUGCUGGCUACUGUGUAGCUACUUACGUACUGGGCAUCGGAGAUCGUCACAACGACAAUAUCAUGAUCAGGGAAACUGGACAGCUGUUUCACAUCGACUUUGGGCAUUUCUUGGGAAACUUCAAGCGGAAACUGGGGAUCAACAGGGAGCGUGUGCCUUUUAUCUUGACUUAUGACUUUGUCCAUGUGAUCCAACAAGGAAGGACCAACAACAGUGAGAAGUUUGAGAGGUUCAGGGAGUACUGCGAGCGGGCCUAUAAGAUCCUGUGUCGCAACGCAACGCUGUUCGUCAAUCUCUUUGCUAUGAUGAAGGCUGCAGGACUGCCAGAGCUCACCUCCUUCAAAGACAUCCAGUAUCUCAAGGACUCUUUAGCUUUGGGCAAAUCGGAGGAAGAGGCACUGAAGAAUUUUAAGGUGAAGUUCAACGAAGCUCUGCGGGAAAGCUGGAAGACGAAGGUCAACUGGAUGAUGCACUCCCUGGCCAAAGACAAUAGACCGUGAAGAACACUGCACCGAGGAAACCUGAAGACAGACCACAAAAUAUGGAUUUUAAUGUAUGGAGAUAAAAGGAAAGACAACACAAUCAAAUAUUUUCCUUUAUUGAUUGCAUUCUAAAACGCUCAGCAUAUGUUUACAUCGGACGGGCAUGUCUGUGGUAAAUAACGACUAAGUGGAGGCAUCCAAAGAUGAUACAACCAUGGGGAUCAAUCUCAACACACAUAUAUUUUCACAAUGAAGAGAAUUCAUUGCACUCAUAUUUUUCCCAUCAGACAUGGCAAUGCCUUUGACUCAAGGACGUUUCAACAAAAAUGAUAAACAAGCUUUAUAGAUGUGUUAGAGUUGCUACUUAAAAACCUCUUAAGUCUUUUCCACGGUUACGACCAAUGAAGGUUGUGUCAUUUCUUCUCAUUUCAACUGCCUCUUUACCAUUGUGUCUUGUUUUAUUUUAUUGUAUUGUAUUUAAUUUAAUUUGGUAGCUCUGAAGUACUUGUACAAAGUCAUGAAGGAUAUUUUAAGAAGAUGUUGUGUUUUACUGCUGUUUUGAUGUGUAAUAUUGCCUUGAAGGGCAGUAUGUUGCCAGUAGACACAAAGCAUUGUAACAUUUACAAUUCAUUGUAAGGUGAGAAGAUAACUUUAAAUAAUAGGACCUUUAUUUUGAUAAAGUGUGUGUGACCCAGCAGACCCUUACCAAACAGCUACUACACAUUAAAGGAAAAGUUUGACAUUUUGACAAAUAGGCUUUCUAGCGUGGAGUUAGAUAAGAUGUCGACACCACUCUCGUUCAUUAAUUAUUAAGCUGGAGCAAGCAGUCUUUAGAUUAUCGUAGUGUUUAGCUUAAAGACUGGAAACAGAGUGUCUUUAUGCUGAACUAAGCUUACUGUCUCCUAGUUCCAGCUUCAUAUUUAACAAGACAGAUAUUAGAGUGCCAUUGAUUUUCUCAUCUAACUCUCAGCAGGAAAGUCAAUAGGCAAAUGUCCCAAAAUGUUAAAAGAUAUCAUUUUUUGGUCAAGGCUCAGAAGCAUAAUAUUGAAAACAUGAGUCAAAUAGGAAUCUUGUUUUUAGCAUAGACUUGUGGUUGCGUUAUUCAGAAUGUUCCCUUUUACAAAUGGUCAAUCUUGACAAUGUGAUCUCUCUCAGAUGAUGCAGUGUGUAUGUGUCUGUGUUAUUUUCUGAUAUGUAAGUUAUGCACUGGGAUUUUUGAACUGAUGUGCCAGGUGCCUUGAAAGAGAUGUCAUGCUUGUACUGUCAAACACCUCCACAUUGGUGGGCUGUCUGAUCUCAUUUGAUGGUGCUUUCAGGAUACUUUACAUGCUGUAUAUCUUGCUGUCAGUCAUGCAAAGAAGAUGAUGUGCUUCUCAUCGCCUUUUUUCUUUUACAUAACAGUUCAAAUUAUCUACAACGACAACUUUUAUAGAAGAGCAAGUGUAGCUGUAGCUUACACAGCAAGGUUUUUUAAUUCCCUUCAACGACUGAAUUAGUCACUGUGCAAUGGGUUUUAAAUAUUGGUCAUCAAUGUCCCUCAGGAUGGGCUCAACUAAACACUGCUGCUUUAAGCCAGUCGUCUAUUGAGUGUAUUAGCUACAUUUACAAAUUGUAAUAUAUUCUGCUGUUGCCUUUUGAGUUGGUUGUAAUUCGUGAAUUACAUCGAAUGGUACAUUUAUUCUAACAUUCAGGUAUUGUUUACAUGUGUGCAGCUAAAACUGAUAAAUCAUCCUUUCAAGAUAUGUCCAAUGGCGACCUGUCCUUUAUCUGCAUCCUGUUUGUACAUUUGCUUCACUUGCUGUUGGAAGGGAAACACACACCCAAUAAACUGUGUUCAACCGCUGA